GCUGGGACCUUCUCAGUGUGGGGCUGGGGUCACCAAGGAACUGGGGUGCGGGGCUAGGACUCGUCGGUGGGGCUGGAAACCUCUUAGUCUGGAGUUGGGACCCCCUCAAUGUGGGACUGGGGUCUCCUGGGCUGGGGAUGCGGGGCUGGGGGAUUCCCCAGGUGUGGGAGAGGGAUCGCCCCAUUAUGGGGCUGAGACCCCACAGCGUGGGGCUGGGAGGCCCAGGAAUGGGAAUGGGACCCCCCACGGUCGAGUUUGGGGCUGAGACCCCCCCGCCUGGGAGCUGGGAGGUCUAGGAAAGUGGAUGGGACCCCCUCAGUGUGUGGCUGGGGUCCCUAAGGGAUUGGAGUAAAGGGCUGGGACCCCUAGGUACCGGAAUGGGGUCCCCUAGCGUGGGGCUGGGACCCCCUGAGGAUCAAGAUGUGGGGCUGGGAGCCCCCCGGGAUUGGGGUUUAGGGCUGGGCCCCUCUGGGUGUGGAAUUGGGGGUCCCCUGGGUGUGGGGCUGAGACCUCCCUGUGGGGUUGGGCCCUCUCAGUGUUGGGCUGGGGUCCCCUGAUAGGGACUGGGAACUACCAUUGUGGCACUGGGGACAAUGACACACGGAUCAGGGUGCAGGGCUGGGACUUCCCAAUGUGGCACUGAGGACACCCGGGCUAGGGGUGCUGGGCUGUGGGUUCCCCGGGCGGGGGUCGCUGGUGUCACCCCCACCUACUGGCACUGGCAGAGCCAUCCCUGUCCCCAUCCCGGCUGGCACUGAGCCCGGCGGUGCCUGGCACUGGCUGUGUCACCCGCGUGCUGGCUGGUGCCACCGGGCCCCCGCGGGGGGUUGGGGACACGGAGGGGUGGGGAGGGGCAGGUGGGGGGAACCCUGAUGGGGUCGGUGGUGACUCCCCCAGCUCCCACAGGUGGCCCCAGUGCCCCGAGGCGAUGGCCGAGGACCGAGGUACGGCAGCACCAGUGCUGCAUGUCCCCUGUGUUUCCCCCCUGGGGCGGGGGGCCGCGGCUCACCCCUGGUGUCCCCCCAGAUGUUCGAUUUGUCACCGAGGAGAGCUUUGACUUCGGCGUGCUGUCCCCGUCUGACAGCCAGGAGGAAGAGGAGGAUGAGGAUAGCCCAGGCGGGGAGUGCCAGCACGGGGGUGGCAACGGGUGCUGGAGUCCCCUGAGUGGGGCCCGUCUGGAAGAGAUGGUGCGGGAGGCCACGCGCCUGGCAGCACAGUUGGAGGGGUGUCACCUGCCCCCUCCCGCUCCCGGAGACCCCCCAGGACCUGCUGCCACGCCCCCCAGCACACCCCGCAGCCCCCGCCGCCAGACCUUCGUGGUGAAGGACAGCCCGGUGCGGGCGCUCCUGCCCACCGUGGAGUCUCGGGGACCUGCCCCCAUCCCCCACCUCCCCACCAAGCUCCGGGGGGCCUCUGCUGCCACCAGUGUCCCCAAGGUACCCCUCAGCCGUAAUUCCACAGCAGCUGCAAAGGGACCCUCGGGUGGCAGGGGGCUCCGCCCCAGCUGCAUGGGCCCCCCCCGGCCAUGCCCUCCUCAGGGGCAGGGGGCUGCUGCCCGGGGCAGGUCCGAGCCCACCCGGGGGGGGACAGCAGGCCAGGCUAAGGCGAAGGGGGGCACAGUCCUCUGCCCCCCCACCACCCGCCAGCCCCACACCAGGACCACCACCACCCCUGUCCCCUCCAGCUGUUCCCCGGCAUCCACUGUCCUUCCCAGGGUGCCCCCUCGGACUCCAGCAGCGGGUGGGAGGACCCCCACCCCCAGAGGCGCAGGUGCAGCACGGGCAGCCCCCACAACUGGUGCCUCAGGGUGCAAACCAGGACCCCCCCCCGCCCGCCUGCGGCCCCCCCGCAAGACGGCGGUGAGCAGCACCCCAAGGUGACACCCCAAAACCACCCCACACCCAUCCAGAGGCCCUGGGGGUACCCAGACCCCCCCUAGGUACUAGCCAAGGUACCUAGGCUGGGGUGGGCAGAGCCAAGGCCACCCCAGGGAUGAGCUGAGGCAUCCAGUGGGUUUUGGAAGGAGGCAGGCAGCUCCAGGGGCCCCCAGGGAGCAGCUAAGGCACCCGUGGGGUUGACAGGUGGCGAGGCAGAGUUGGAACCCCCAGGGACCAGCUGAGGUUGGGGUGGCAGAGCCAGGGGCCUCCCCCAGGGAUGAGCCGAGGCAUUCAUUGGUUUUGCUUUAAUUACAAAAGGUCUCAUCUGCAGUCGGAAACUCCCCAUGUCUCCCAGCACCUAGGGGUCUCUCAUCCCCUCAACAUCCAUCCCUGGGUUCCCCCACCUGAGCCUCACCCCUGAGCAGGGCGGUCCCAGACAUCCCUGGAACCCGUAGCUGAUCCCCCUUCCACAUGCCCCCCACCUGGGGGAGUUGGCACCAUGGGACAGGUUGCCCCUUCGUGAGGGUUGGAACAAUGGACAAAGUUGGUUAUAAACUCCUUUUUUUGUAUUUUCAUGUAUUUUUUAAAUAAAACACUCCUGGGCAAA